AUGGUGAUUCCUUCGUUGCUGCGUCGACCAAGAGAAGGCCUUCCCCGCGGUGGCAGCAGCACUCUGCAGGAUCCUCUCAUGUCCACCAGUACGAGCAGCAGCAGCAGCAGCAGUAGACCCACUGCGAGUGACACCAGUGCGAGCAGCAGUAGUCAUCACGACAGUAUCAUGAGGAGACAAGAACAGCGAGCAGCACAAUCCGAACGGCUGCAGGCUGUCAUGGACAGCAGUGACAGUGACCCAGACGAAGGAGACGAUGUCCACUCGGAUCCGUCCAUGUGGAUUGAUAUCGUUCCCAAUGAGCAACAAGCGCCAGAACAACUAGAAGACUCGUCGCGACGGACGAGACCUUACGGCUCGGAUUGUCUCCCUUCCACGCCCACUAUUCGAAUUCCCAUUCCGUCGUUACUCGUCGACUGCGUCACGUUUUGUUUCGACUGGACGUACGCCGCUGUGGAAAUUUGGGCCGAAGUAUUGUCGGCACCACCGUUUCCGUUGAGUACACUCCACAAGGUCUCCAUUGUCCUGCUGGGUGUCGAACGAAUACGCGACAAUCUCGAUCAUUCCGCACUUGUCGUAUUGCUCAUGAACCAUCAUCCCUCUUCUUCAUCGGUGGAGACAUGGUCGAGCAGUAUUCCGCAAUACAUUGUCUGGGGAAUUCCUGGAAUUGUAGCACUCUUAUCGGUCAGUUUUGUACUGACACUGCAACUCUCGUGGGGACAUCAAGAAGAAGCCGUGAUUGCCACGGCACUCAUUCUGUUGAUUUUCCUAGAAGCUCUACUUCCGCUCUUUAUUCUCGGAUGUACGUCCAUGUUUCUCUUUCAACAAGUCUCGUGGGAAACGGGAUUGGUACUACUUGUCAUGGUAUGGUUGGGAUCCACCUUUUGUGCCCAUUGCAUUCGACGCAUGCUCUAUCAAUCGCUCGGGCAUGGAUAA